CGAUUGUGCUUAUUAUAAGUGCUGAACUAGGCUCCAAAUGCCAUCAUAACAACCUGUGUUUGUACACGAAUGCAUCGGUAUUGGGGUUGUGUGAUUGGCGCGCUGUGAAAUUGAUCAGAUAAACUAAAUGAACCACCACCAAACUAUUCCAUUCCAUAAUUCACUUUUUAGCGACUGAAGUGUUUUAUUGCGCGCGUUAUGACAUGGGCUAAAUUCGCCUCAGUGCCGACCCUGUCUGUAAUGACGGAACAAAAAAAUAUUCUCACACUCGCGCCCAAAGGAUUUGACAUCUGUCUUGCUUUGGUGCAUUAUUUAAUGGUUCGCAUGGGAGAGAAUUUAUCACGGUACAGCAAAGCAAUGGUGUGUUAGAUAAGAAAACACCUCAGUCACAAGGCACUUAAAGUCUGUGACAACACUUGGUCUUCACCGUAUAAAAGGACCAGCGUUGCUGAAGUGUUUGCAUCAAUACCGGCUAGCCUGUGACCGCAGCCGCGAGGGUCAUUUGAUCAUGAGAGUUUUCCAUUCUCCUACGACACAUUAGGCUGCAUAGCGAGAAACGACCUACGUCUAUUUAGUCAUUCCUAUUGAAAAACAAUCAAGCAUAUCGCCCGCUGUGACACGCUGAUCUGAAAGUUUCAAAGCCUUGGAAAUACACGUUGAACUGACCUAAAACCUUCCCCACGGCAAAAUCAUGUUACCCUAAAAAACAUGAUGGAACGUGAUCAACUGGAACAGGAAAAAAUUAGUGACAGAAUUACACUAAACGUGAGUGGAGCUGUGUUUGAAGUUCGUGUGUCUAUUCUACAGAGAUUCCCUCAAACCCUUCUAGGAUGUCGUUACAAACGCGUUCAGUACUACGACAGUGCAAGGAAUCAGUACUUCUUUGAUCGCCACAGACAAGCGUUUGAGGCAAUUUUAUUCUUUUAUCAGAGUGGUGGGCGCCUAAUGUGUCCUGAUAAUGUUCCAGACACCGUAUUCGCCGACGAGAUUUUGUUUUUCCAACUACCAACAAUGGAUGACAGAUUUUCUAGCAAGACGAAAAAAUUCGAAAAGUUCAUGAUGAGCAAUCAAACCCCGUCGAGGUUUAAUUUCCAAUGGCAAAGACGACUGUGGGAGUUCUUGGAAAUACCCGAAUCCACUAAAAUGGCUCAAGGUUUAGCUUUAUUUUCACAGUUUAUGGUUUAUCUCUCCGUAACUGCUACAUGUUUGGAAACUGUGAAAUCACUCAGAUAUUAUGACUUUUCUCCUCAAAACGAUGAGACUGGUGGCAUGUCAUUUCUCAAGUCAAAUCCCUUGGUACAGAAUUCGUGGUUUUUGUUUGAUAUUGGCUGUUUUGGCUGGUUUACAUUCGAGUGUGCAGUGCGGUUUUUAUCCUUUCCUAGCAAAGCCGAAUACUUCGCGAAUCUCGCCAACUGCGUAGACUUUCUAACGGUCGUUGUGUUUUAUGUUUUUUUAAUAGUCAAAAUAACAGUGCCAACUGCUGUUUGGUGUCUUCGGUUUCUGCGUUUUCUCACGACGAUUCGAAUCUUCAAACUGAUACGCUACUCGAACAAAAUGAAAAUUUUCUUACUAACACUCGCAAGUGGCGUUCGCGAACUUGGGAUGCUAAUGAUGUUUAGCUGCAUCAUGUUGCUACUAAGCUCAACCGCUGUGUUCUAUGCCGAGGCAGAAUUGAAAAACACGCAAUUUUCAAGCAUCCCCGAUGCUUUUUGGUGGGCGAUCAUAACAAUAACAACUAUAGGUUAUGGAGAUAAAGUCCCAAUCUCGGCAGCGGGAAAAUUCAUAGGAUGUCUCUGCGCGGUUCUGGGCGCGUUGGUUAUUGCGUUGCCUCUAUUUCGGUUCGCAGCACAUUUUAGAACCAAACUUGAAAGACUUUCAGAUAAUUCAAAUCUAGGCUUUACAUCUUCCAAAACAAAGAACAGUUUAAUGCGAGGAUUUUGAUUACUUCGACUUAAAGAAAGUGGAUAAUGUUGUCUCACGCUUGUAUUGGAUUGAAAUAUUCAUCAUAAAGAUGGAGUAGAUUAUUUUUCGUAUCCCAGUAUAGAUAAAUUAGUAAACCAAUAAAAGUAAAAUACACACAGACAUGGCGCCCUAUUUUAACACAUACCCUAACUAUGUAAGUUGGUAUUUUAAAUUUUGUGAAUCAUUACCAAAAGUCUUUAUGUCGGCGCUUUUAAAGGACGUCUACUUAUUGAAAAGAAGAUAAAUUGCUAUUUUAUGCACGAAAAAUGUGCCUAAUUGCUGGAAUGCGGUUGAUAACAGAACAAUAGCAUCUGAUUCAAAAUUUUAAUGGCUACUUUUCGGCUUAAUUUCUUUCAAUUUGGGGGCUAGUGUUUUUUGUUUCACCAUUUCCGCGUUCGGCCAUCUAGAGCGGCUAAUCUCCGCAAUAAUAAUACCGACACCCACAACAAGGCGCUGUCUUUCUGGGCCCCUGGUUUUUUUAUAUCAUACCCAUUGCGUUCUUCAGAAUUAAUGUUAUCUUUGUUAGGGAAGAGAAUCGACAAAUUUAUUUGGUUUUAUUUUUCUGUUCAAAGACAGCGUCAAUAAGAAAUUUUUCUCAUUAGACAUUACCAAGUUAAAAUUUACAGAGAAAGUUUGGCUGGUUUAAGUCUCGUAUUUAUUGUAAUAUUGACUAAAACUUUUAUUUAAGGCUAGUUUUCAAGAUCUUAGCAAUCGUCUACGAUUAAAUGGUCUGCGAUCGUAUGGAAACCACAUUGCGGACACAAUACGAUCGGUCACUAUAGUUUUAUUUUUUUUAUGCGGAGGGCUCUGUUAUUCCUUUCAUUUGCUACAUGGGAAGGCCAUUUGAUAGUUGCGAACCAUUAUUUAGUGUGCAUGAAUGCAAUCUUGUGUGUGAGGAAAAAGGUUUUUUUGAUGCAUUAAUGUUCCUUUCCUGUACCUCCUUGUGUUUACUUAGCGAGGCUUAAGAGUAUGACUUUAGCAUGGAAUUUCCAGGCUGAACGUUCUGAAAAUUCUUUAUAGUUCAAAGAAAUAGUUUAACAUAAAUAAAUUAUUUAAGGUGGUAAAAAAAUUUGUUUUUCUGCUUUUCGAAUUAUCUGAGGGGAAAGAAAGAUCAUUAAAUUUGAUAUAGAAUUUAAAUUGGUUUAUCCCCAAGUUAUAGAAAUUUAAAAAUAUAUACGUACCAAUGACCCUAAAACGUAGACGAAACAAAAUAAAACAGCACUCAGCCAUAGACAUUAUGUCGGAAAUAGCUACUUCAAAUAAAUAUUGUAAAUACUUUUAAGUUUGCCACAGAAAUUAGUUGACAUAAAAAUAUGUAUGAAGGUUAUGAUGAGAAAUUCAUUGAUUGGCAAAGAAAUUAUGGCUGUAAUUGCUCAAUUAUCGCGAAAAAACAGAUCCCAAAAGAAAUACUCAAAACCUUAUUUUUGAGUGUUUUAUUUUAUAUCGCUUUAUAACUCACAUCAAUGUUAAUCUUUGCUCUACUUUCUCUUUCCACUGUGAAGUUUAUUUAUAUGAUAUAACACAUAUCAAUGUUAAGACUUGAUUUUCAAUUAUUCAUGAAAUGGCGACGUGUUUAAGCAAGUAACUUAGCAAAUUGAUUUAAUUUUUUAAGGUAUUUAGAUAUAUUUUUAUUCGUUAUCUUUUCACUUAUUUCCAUUCUUCGCGGGAUGCACUUUUGCAAAUGUUGUAAGUUACGAUAUUAUUAACUAAGCCUAACAACCAAAAUAGACGAUAAGGCAGACAGGCAAACACGAAAUAGAGAUAACUGUUAUUGCUUCCCUUUAGAUUACCAGAAUAAAAUGAGUUCGGAAGGAAGAGUCCUUUAAAACAAAAAUCUGCAUUGUUAUGAGACAUGACUUAGUGUAGGGAUUUAAGUGUGACAAAUGACUGAAUGAGAAAACCUUGAUAUUGUCAAAAAGUUAUAGAUAUUUAUCUACCAAAAAAAUAACAAGAGAGCAUGAUUAUUUAUACUUACUUGGCUAACUCUAACCUAUGAAAUAAAAUUGACGAUUUUUUUUUUUCAGACAAAAAACGCCUAAGAGGCUGAUCAGUGAGGCAAUAUUAGCGUAAAUUAACGACUUUUGGCCCUCUUUACGCGCCAAGUGAUAUUAGCGAGAUAAUAAGUCACAAUAAAUUUUAAGUUGGGAAGGAAAUGCUUUGACAGCGGAGACUGUUGUCGUCUCAACUCUCUGGUUGACGUAAUUAUUCACUGGUCUUUGCGAGAAGAGCACAAUACUACCGGAAAAAGUUGCGUCUACAAGAGCAGAAAUACCAUAAUUCACCCAGCUGGGAGGAUCAUCACAUAUUGAUGUUGUAAUAUCUGACGUACGUUGAUUAAAGAUCGUUAAACUAAAAAAAA